AACAUAUGGCUGAGUGAUUUGCAGGGACUUCAUGAUCACGCCCCAUGCACUGAACCCAGGGCAACUUUCUUGGCCCCUGUCUUUGAUGUUAAGUAUAGCAACUAAAUCAUACCCCUUUGAUGAGCUGUUUACGUUGUAACAAGAUUUUCUAGCACGAACUUGAAGAACUACUAACAAUACUUGCUCAGUGGAAGUGAGAUUACAACAUCAUGCACUGUCAUUGGAGAGAUUGUCAGGAGUGGUCCAAGAUAGGACUGCCUCUUUCGACAACUAGCAAUGAGGCCUGUAAGAUGUAUGAUGCUACUGUCACACAGUAUGUUGGCUGGUAUCAGGAGGACAGUGUUGGAGGUAUGGAGGGGUCAAUGAAGAAAAUGAUGGAAGCAGACCCCAACUUUGUGAUGGGGAAGGUACUCGGUGCCUGGUUUCAACUCGGUGGUAAGUCGACCAGUAGAGAUGAGGGACUGAAGCAGUACGUGGAAGACUUGGUCCAGUCUGCACAACGUGACAACUUAACAUCACGAGAAAAACUGCAUGUGGAUGCCAUAAAACUAUGGGCAGACAGGGACAUGCAGGGUGCCAGUGGUGUAUGGGAGAACAUUCUGUUGGAACAUCCGACAGACAUGCUGGCUGUGAAGCUGUCCCAGAUGUCUUACUUCACCCUCGGAGACGUGACACAGAUGAGAGACUCUGUCUUAAGGGUGAUCCCAGCAUGGAAACCUACCAUGCCUCUGUAUGGCUAUUUGCAUGGUAUGGAGGCAUUUGGACGAGUACAGACAAACUUCUACAGAGAGGCAGAACAGGCUGGACGAAAGGCCCUUGAACUAAACCCUCUGGAUAUUUGGGCGAGACAUGCCAUCUGCCAUGUUAUGGAGAUGGAGGGGAGACAGAAGGAAGGGAUCGCAUUCUUGUCUAACAGUGAAAAUGACUGGAAUAAACACACCCUUACCGGCCAUUGCUACUGGCACUGGGCCCUGUACCAUGUGGAGAGAGGGGAGCACUACGCAGCGCUGAACAUCUAUGACAAACAGUACUGGGGCAAGAGAAACCUCUACCUCGCUGAUCCCUGCUCCCUACUCUUCAGACUCAACAUGGAAGGUGUGGAUGUGGGGGACAGGUGGGACGACACCUACGAAAUGUGCAAACCAUACCUGGAUGAACGGAUCACUGUCUUCAAUGAUGUUCACAACCUUAUGUCCUGCCUUGGGGCCAAGCAACAAGAUUCCACCAAGAAACUUAUGGAGUCCCUCAGAAAUUUUGUAAGUGAAGAAGGGAGUCAGUCUGUUGUUGCUAAGGAGGUGGGAGUUCCUGUGUGUGAGGCUCUUGUGGCUUAUGAUGAGGGAGACUAUGCCAGAGCCGUGGAUCUCAUGGCACCCGUGCGGUACCGGAUUGGGUCCAUAGGGGGCAGUAAGGCACAGAUGGAUGUGUUCCGCUUGUGUCUGAUCAAUGCUGCCAUCAGGUCACCCAACAAACAGCACCAGAAAUUAGCAAGGGCCCUUUUGAUGGAGAGGAAGGCACUGAAAGAAAAUUCUCCCCUCACUGACCGACUGGUGGAAGCAGCAGCCAAGUUGCCUCUGUAAAGAUCUGUGUUAGGACUUUGCUACAGAUGUAUAGAGCCCAAACAUUGGCAUAGGCUCUUCUUUCAUGAUAAAAUUUGCAAGAAAUCUCAUGAGAUUCCAGUGACAAAAAAAGCAGUGUGGGUAUAGGUGUGCAAAGCUGUGGCUUCAAUAUUUUGUAAGCUAAUAUGAUUAUCAUACUAUAAUAUUAUGGUAAUUUUUAUAUAUCAUGGUUGAAAUAUGAUUAUCCAUAUGUUUGAUUGAGAGUAAUUAACUGAGAAAUGCUAUUAUUAUGAUACUCCUUGACCACCUACAUGUAUAAUCAUGUACUUCUGAUUGUAGAACUGUUUGGUCACUGUUAAAGACAGUGAUUAAAAAAAUAUGUAUAUGGAGCUUUUAGCUUUAAUUAGACAGAAAUCAAGAAGGCCAACUACAACAACAGCAAUACAAACUUCUUGGCAAUUAUGAAUAUUAUUGAUAUGAUAUUCUGCUAACUUAAAGGAUCUAUUUUUUAGUAACCAGAUGACUGUUCCUAUAUCCUUCAGUGAGUGAAUAAAUGAUAAUAGGCAAUAUGUGUGUGUAAGCUUUAGCCCUUAUAAGUAAUUAAAUUAACCCAGUAGUGAAAAAACUCUUGAACAUAUAAACAUUACAUGGCAAU